GCUGCGGGAGGGCGCGAGCAGCAGCGCGCAGCAGAACACGGCGCAGCAUGACUGCCAUCGCGGUGCAGGCCCAGAGGCUGCUGGCCCAGAGGCGGCCCCAGCGGCCCUUCUUGGAAUCCUUCAUCCGGGUCCUCAUCAUUGUGUGCGCCGCCCUGGCCCUGGUCCUCUCCUCCGUCUCCAUCUGCGAUGGUCAUUGGCUGCUGGCUGAGGGCCACCUCUUUGGGCUCUGGCACUUCUGCACUUCCUCCAACCAGACGGGGCCACGCUGCCUCAGAGACCUGAGCCAGGCCCACGUGCCCGGGCUGGCCGUGGGCAUGGUCCUGGCCCGCAGCGUGGGCGCCCUGGCUGUGGUGGCCGCCAUUCUGGGCCUGGAGCUCCUCAUGGUGUCCCAGGUGUGUGAGGACCUCCGCUCACGACGCAAGUGGGCUGUGGGCUGUGUCCUCCUCCUCAUCUCUUUCAUCCUUGCCUCCGGGGGGCUCCUGAGCUUCGUGAUUCUCCUCUGGAACCACGUCACGCUCACUGGCUUCACCCUGAUGUUCUGGUGCGAGUUCACGGCCUCCUUCCUCUUCUUUCUGAAUGCCAUCAGCGGCCUUCACAUCAACAGCAUCACCCACCCCUGGAGCCAACCAAGGAAGUUUUAGGCCUCCCUCCUAAAUCCGAGGACAUCAGGCUUUACAAGAAAGUGUGGUCAAGAAGGGACUUUUCCGACAUGUGACCUCUGAUGGGGGUAGGGGUGGGACAGUGACCUUGAGACUGCCACUUCUUGGUCCAUGACCUUUGGGUGGUUGGCCAGAACCAGCCCAGUGGCCUCUGCAGCGGGCCUGCGGGGCCGGAGGCCGGGAGUGUGCCUCAGUGCCACCAGCUGUACGGCCUUAGCCAAGUUAUUAUGAUGUGGAGUUUAGAAGCAACAUGUUUUAAAACUCUUUUCUUGAAUCUUUCUUCCCAGGAUGGGAAUAGACUUGGAAGCAGCUUGGGUAACUGGUGCCUGGGCUGGCCGCAGAGCUAAGUGCAGUUCACGCUUGUUUUAUUGACUAUAUGCCAGGAUGGGGCUGUGGGGUCCCUGGGGUCUCCUGGGGUUGCCCUGAGCCGAUCAUCCUUCCAGCUAAGCAUAUCCACUUCAGUGCCUAGGACUGUCUUCCACCAGCCCGAAGGGCCUAUGUGCACAUUUCCCUGCCGUAGCUUUGGUCAUGCUAUUGAGGAUUCCCUCCAUUUCUUGCACAUCAUGGGUUUUUAAACCAUCUGACUUGAUUUGAGUCCUGCCUUUUGGGGGGUCCCAUAAUCCUUGAAUAACUUCAGCUUCCAGCAGCCGCCUUGUCGGCCGUCUGUGGGAAUCCUGCCUUACGUCUUGGAGCCAGCUCCCCAGGAUGGCCCACAGCCCUCCCUGAGGUGAGCGUGUAUGUGUGUCCGUCUUUGCUAAGGGUCAGACGGCCUCAAGGUACCAUUGUUUGCUCCUAGAGCACAUUUUCAAAGAGCACAUAUCUGGACCUGCUGGACUCCGGGGGGUAAAGGGGACUUGCUUGGACUUGUAAUGAUUAACAGCCGCCCCGGGGAUGAGUGCAGGUGAGGGGAACCAUGAACCAGUGGAGACUUCCAUGCUUGCUGCCCAAUCUGCAUUUUUAUGUAGCCAGUCGCCCCCUUCCCAAUUUCUCUUCUGCCCAGUAGCUGGGGUUUGCCCUGAGCCGUUUCCCACAGUAGCCCCUU